AUGGCGGGGCACAUCCUUUCUCAUAUCCCGAUCUGUAAUGUGAUCCUUAUUCUCACUCCUCCAUCCCAUUUCAAAACGCGGGUGUCUUCUUCUGUAUGGUCUGUGUACGCGCAGGACAGGGAGACAGCGUUCGCGUGUCCCUCCGUACCUGCCCGUCAGAUUAUAAACAAUUACCUGGACGGGACGCGAGGAGGGGCCGUGGACAAGGCGUCCCCGAGUGGCAUGCAUUUCAGGGACAGCAAGAGAAAGGUCGACUACGUCUUAGCCUACCACUACCGAAACCGCCUUGCUCGGCACCCGCCCGGCGCGGGCUCCCCGGAGCCGACGCGCGGAUCUGCCUCCUCGGCCCUGGUAUUGAACGGAGGGAUGGGGAAAGGCCGUGCUGAGCUGCCGCGGCUGGACGAUGGCCGACGUGCCCCGCGAGAGUGGCCGGGGCUGGAGGUGAUCAAGCUCGGUCCCCUGGAUGCCCUGGAGGAGGAGAAGCGGCUGCAGCGGGAGGAGUAUGAACGCAACCUGGUGGAAGCGGGGCUGGAGAUAGAGAAAGACCCUGAGAAUAAGAGCCAAGGAUUGAGUUUUGUCCGUAUACAUGCACCUUGGCAAGUACUUAGUCGAGAAGCUGAACUCCUUAAAAUAAAAAUGCCCACUAAAAAGAUGUAUGAAAUCACAGAAGAAGGGGGAAUACUCAAAAAGUUAAAUGAAAUAUGGUGCAAAGUGACUGAACCUCUGCAACCCCAGGUGCCACAACAAGAAAAUACCAACAUGAAAAGCCUGUCCUACCCUUUUUCCAGAGAGAAAAUAUAUUUGUAUAACAUUAAAGACAAAGACACCUUUUUUGACAAUGCUACCCGCAGCCGAAUAGUACGUGAAAUUUUGAAGCGCACGUCUACAAAGGCCAGAAACAGCAUGGGUAUUGGCACAUUAAUAGCAAACAAUGUUUAUGAUGCAGCAUACCCACUUCAUGAUGGUGAAUAUGAAGGCCAAAAUGACGACAUGAAUGAAAGAAAGUUGCUGUAUCGAGAAUGGGCAAGAUAUGGAGUAUUUUACAAGUUUCAGCCUAUUGACCUCAUAAGAAAGUAUUUUGGAGAAAAGAUAGGACUUUAUUUUGCAUGGCUGGGUUUAUAUACAGAAUUCCUCAUUCCAUCUUCAGUAGUUGGGAUUAUUGUAUUUCUUUAUGGAUGUAUAACCAUUGAGAGUGACAUUCCUAGUAAAGAAAUGUGCGACCAACGCAAUGCCUUCACCAUGUGCCCCCUGUGUGACAAGUUCUGCGAUUACUGGAACCUCAGCUCUGCUUGUGCUACCGCUCGAGCUAGCCACUUAUUUGACAACCCCGCCACGGUCUUCUUCUCCAUCUUUAUGGCUCUCUGGGCUACUAUGUUCCUUGAACAAUGGAAGCGUUUGCAGAUGAGAUUGAGUUACUUCUGGGAUCUAACUGGACUGGAGGAAGAAGAAGAGCAUCCCAGACCAGAGUAUGAAACCAAACUGCUGCAGAAAAAGCUGAAAAAUAAAAACAUCCGAACCGAAAAUUCAAAUGAAAAGCUGACAUGGAGUGACCGUAUGCCUGGAUAUGCAGCAAACUUUGGAUUGAUUUUAUUUAUGAUUAUGCUGACAUUUUCAGCAGUGUUUGGUGUGAUUGUGUACCGAAUUACUACAGCAGCAGCUUUGUCAUUCAGCACAAAUGAGACAACCAGGUCAAAUGUUCGAGUGACUGUGACCGCAACUGCUGUCAUCAUUAACCUCGUCGUGAUACUUAUACUUGAUGAAAUUUAUGGAGCUGUUGCCAAAUGGCUGACAGAAAUUGAGGUACCAAAAACAGAGAAAACCUUUGAGGAGAGACUGAUUUUGAAGGCAUUCCUACUGAAGUUUGUGAAUUCUUAUGCACCAAUUUUUUAUGUUGCCUUUUUUAAAGGGAGAUUUGUUGGCCGUCCUGGUCAUUAUGUAUAUGUGUUUGAUGGUUAUCGAAUGGAAGAGUGUGCUCCAGGAGGCUGUUUGAUGGAACUCUGUAUUCAGCUGAGCAUCAUUAUGCUUGGAAAACAACUGAUUCAAAACAAUCUGUUUGAAAUUGGAAUCCCGAAGCUAAAGAAGCUCUUCAGGAAACUGAAGGAUGAAAGAACUGAGCCAAAGGAAAUGGACACCAACCAAUCAAAAGACCCUCAGCAAUGGGAUCUUGACUACAUUUUGGAACCUUUCACUGGGCUGACUCCAGAAUACAUGGAAAUGAUUAUCCAGUUUGGCUUUGUCACACUCUUUGUUGCCUCCUUCCCUCUGGCACCUCUCUUUGCUCUUCUGAACAACAUCAUAGAAGUCCGGCUUGAUGCAAAAAAGUUUGUCACUGAACUGAGGAGGCCAGACACAGUAAGAGCAAAAGAUAUAGGAAUUUGGUAUAACAUUUUGAGUGGUAUUGGAAAGCUUUCAGUUAUCAUUAAUGCUUUUGUAAUUGCUGUCACAUCUGAUUUCAUUCCACGCCUUAUGUAUCAAUAUGCAUACAGUCAAAAUGGAACCAUGCAUGGCUUCAUCAAUCACACGCUCUCAUACUUCAAUGUCAGUCAUCUCAAGGCUGGAACACAGCCAGAAAACUCCCCGUUUGCACAGGAUGUUUUAUUCUGCAGGUUCAAAGACUACAGAGAACCACCUUGGUCCCAAAAUCAGUAUGAGUUUUCUAAACAGUACUGGGCUGUCUUAUCUGCUCGCUUGGCUUUCGUUAUUCUAUUUCAGAACUUGGUGAUGUUCCUCAGUGUUCUGGUUGACUGGAUGAUUCCUGACAUCCCCAAGGGCAUCAGUGAACAGAUCAAAAAGGAGAAGAGCGUGCUUGUUGACUUCUUCCUGAAGGAGGAGCAUGAAAAACUGAAGCUGAUUGAAAGCUUUAUCGCACGUGACAAGCAGAGACGCAAAAGUGGGACCAAAGGCGAAAGGAUCCGGGCUGCCAGCUUCUGUCAGUUUAACCGAAGUCAAAAAAGCAGCUUUGCCUCCUUUAGCUCACAGCACACAGAAGUGUGA